AUGAAUACCGGUGAAGAGAAAAAGUUGUCAACAUAUGGGUUAGCAUGUGGCUCUACUGAAUUGGGGAAAACACGAAACAUAUUUUUAGCGGAUAUAGAAGCCCCAUGUAUUGGAUAUGCUGAAUUGUCCGUGAACUUUGUUUUGGACACUUUCAUUGCUUUUUUAAAAGUUUACAUUAUUGGUCUUUUGCCAAUAAUAGCUCUUCGCAAAGCUCUAAUACAAGAGUCAGUACGUCGAAAUACAUCAAAAUGUUUGUUAGAUGAAUUACAUGUCUUAAUGUAUAAGAAGCGUACUUAUAUCAUCCCUUUGAUAUACAUGAUAUCCUCGAUCAUCAUAGGAUGUACUUAUUUUGAUCUCAUUGGAGCAAGUUAUAAACGAACAAGAACAAUGUUUUUAUAUCCUGGAACCGAAGAUUUUUGGUGUCCGAGUCAUCGUAAAGACAAUUGUAAAAGUCUUCCCCCUAUGAUUAAUGAACAUUACUUGAUUGCACUAAUUCACACUACAAUUCUCGGGAUAUGGUAUGGAUUUGAUUUCUUGUUACGUAAAAGAUACAUGUUAUCAUUUAAUAUAAUUGAGAUACAUUUUACGAUCGGUGUAUAUAUGGACCCUCAUGCAAUUCUUAUAGAUGGAUUGCAUGCAUACCAACAACCUUACUAUCAGCAAUUGGCAUUUUUGGAAUUAUGGCAUAUUGCAAAGUUCGAUCAAUAUAGACGUAGUGCAAUAUAUACAGAUUUCAACCGUAAACAAGCAUUUAAUUGUGUUAAACAUAAUAAUCCUACCGACGCGUGGACGGAAAUUUCGCGCUCAUGUAUGGAUUUGAUCUUUGGGCUUGCAAAUUCUGCACAAGAUGAAAUCAAGGAACAACAAGCAAGGAAAUCGUUGAUGAGAAAAAAGUAUGAAAUGUUCAGAAACAUGGAAAAAGAUGCAUUAAAAGAAAAGGAACGAAAAAUAGUUGGUCAUAAAAGUCUUGAAGUCAAGAUGACAGCCGAGACAAUGACUAAAGAUCGUGAUUAUUGGGAAAUGAAAUUAUUAGAGUGGUUCCAUCCAGUGAAAGACUUAAAUAUCACAAUAUGUGCUAUACAAGCAUUAACGGCUUUAACGGUUAAAUCUUUGAAUGAGGAUAAACAUGGAAUUGUGCAGAAUGAUACUGCCAGUGUCUUUGAGGCAAUGUUAGAUUGUUUAAUUUCUCUUGAACGAUAUUCCAAUGAACCACCGUUGGACGAGUGGGAUAUUGGAGAUCCAUUUGCAUUUACAUACUCUAGUGUUUUGUCUGAUCCGUUAAUUGUCAUAAACGUUUUGAAGGAUGCUUUGUUUGAUUUAGAAAAAGCAUUUUAUAAACAUAUGGAUUUUGUGAAGUUAUCGAGUAUACACUUUGAUAGGUUGAAUAAGUUACUUAGCGAAAGAAUUUAA